GUGACUCCCUAUCAACCAUAUCUAAGCGUAUGCUAUCUAUUCGUGAGUGUACUUAUUUACUAUGCUGUAGUGCUGAUAAGCUUGCGGUCUGAUAUCUCUACUCACCUUAGUCUGGUUUUGAAAUUAUGCGAAACAAGUUGUUCGCUAUUGCAUAUAGUUUACAAGUUAGAUUGUUUAGUAUUGAAAAUCAUAUAACCUGGUGCCAAAGGAGUUCAAACGUGUGAACUUUAUAAUAUUUUUGUCAAAUUGAGGAACUAGGAACUACGAUUAUUCUUCAUUUCACGACAACAUUUAUCAAUAUUCGAAAUGAAUCACCUUGAAUGCGUGGUUAUCUAGCGACCGAACCCUACUUUUGAGUACUUACGUAUUUCAGCUUGAGUGGUCGAACCGUGUCGGGUAAUGUAAUUUUGAACAACUAUUUGCCUUUGGCGUGUGAUAAAAUCUGGGAUCCAUAUUUGAUUCAGAACUUGACCGCGUUGGUGCACAAUGGCACCUGCUCUGAUACUCGUAGCGAUAGUCGCCUGUUUGUUCAAAGCGAUCCAAGCUUACAACAUUCCGCAGGAGUUGAUCCAUUGCUAUCGAGGUAACUUCACCCAACCUUCGGUAGGAUUCAACCAACAGCUUUUGUUGGAGCUGAUCCGUAAGGUCGAAGAGAAGAACCCCACCACGUUGGACAUGCGAAUGCUCAGUGUCGAGCUGAUUCAUCGACUUCGAAUUGAUGGCAUCGAAAAGGCUCCAGGUCUGCAGGAAACUGAAUUCGUGACGCCCUAUAGCACUCGCGGAAUAAUGGUGCCCAAGUACAAAUUGCUGCUACAGUUGGUAUCCAACAUACCCGGAACGAUUGAGUUUGACAAAUUUCUAAGUCCUUGGGAGAUUUGUCUGCUCCAUAGAUUGUUGAGCAGCACCGUGGAGCCGUUUCAACGUGGAGACGAACGAACCAGUUGCCCAGCGAUUGUGGCAGACCCAUCCCGAAACGCACAGGCACCGUGGAUCACUCAGAACAAGUCCCAAAUGAACCAAACGACGGGGACGACCUUUGAGCGUCCACUAUCACGCUGCCCGCUGGAAGGCGGAACCUAUCGAAGCUUCCAGUAUGGCUCAAUAGCUCCUGGGGUGCUCGUUAUGUCGAUUGCCGCAGGACUGCAGCCUCAGAACGUCCGAAUCAGCGAAUUUAUCUCCGCCUACAAGAGAAAGGGCACGUACGAAAACUUGGAAACCAUGGAGCGAGCAGAUACUCGCAAGCAAGUGGAGAAGUUACUUUCGUCAAUGGAGUCGAUCGACAAUACGUACGUUGUCGGAUUGGCGGGAGAUUUGGCGGAGGUAUGUUUGUACCAGGGUCCUUAUGUGGGUACCGAUCUUCGAGUGGGACUGCAAGGGAAUUGGAACGACACGUUUUUCCCAAGGUUACGGUUCCUGGCUGAUAAUCACGAAGGUCGGUGGGAAAUGACAGACAGUGAACUUCUGUCAGGAAUUGACGGAUAUUUCCUGGCUCAACAAGUCCCAUACUUUGUUAAUAAGGUUAGAAGGCUUCGGCUAUCACAGGUACUCGAUAUGUACUACAGCAAUCGGGGCAUUCCGGUUGUUUCGAUCGAAAACCUUGGAAAGCGCAAGCUUCCGAACAUAAAACAAACGCCAAAUGGAAAGCUGUCCCGAACGUCCGAGCUUAACGAAGAUUCGCUACACCGAAUGUUCAAUGCCGAUCGAAAGACCAAGUUAUGGAAUGUUUUCAGUGAAGAUGAAGCGCAAGACCCACAUGGGGAUGCACAAAACGUUCCCGACGAUAUCAAUCGAGCCUGUUAUAGAAAGCAAAUCCUUCAAACGAUUGAUAAGGAUCGGCUGAAGCAAGAAACGUUCAACUUUGUGCAGGUUUUACAGUAUACAACCGGCAGUGUUGUUGUCGAGGAUUCACUGAUGCGAAGAAACUGCGAUGCAGCAGUUGAUCGGUUCUUCAGUUACGCAAGCAAUUUGUUAGAUUCGUUCGAGGGUUGUACUUCUGUUGGAAUGUCGGAUACGAAGCCCAUCAUUGAUUUGUUGUUGGUAAUUGAUGGAUCUCGGAGCGUUUACGAAAACCUAAGAAUGAUCUUUCAUCUAUCCGAGUUGAUUGAUGUGUCGAUCUAUGGGUCGUCCAUAUCCGUUAUCAACGGUCAAUCGGGAGAAUUUAUGGUCAACCAGACACGAAGUUUGUCCAGCGUGUUUGAACAGCUCUCGGCAUACCAAGGAUCUUAUCCAUCAGCGUUGUCGCUAUCCAAAAGUUUCGACUCGAUCAUACGCACUUUGUCCAGUCAGAUGGAUGAAGAACGCGCCUACCGUACAGUCGGAGCUAAUGCUCCAGUCAUUUUGGUCAUCUCACAAGGCGCCCGUAUUGUCAACUCGGAUUUCGUUAGUGCCCGUCGAAUGCUGACCAGUUCUUUUGAACAGUUCCCCGAUUUGUACUUUGUCUUCCUGACAAACGAUGCGGCUACGUUCAGCCAGUUGACUGACUUUUCAGGAGUAUCCCACAGUCGAGUUCCAAUCGAAGAGCACUACAAGAUCAUCGAAUCACCCUCAAUCGAUCCGCAGCCAUACAGUGGAUUACUCCAGGCUACCCUGAAAGCCAUUCCGCAACGUUUGGUUGCGCCGUUCUGUCGUACCGAAGCCAACCGAAAGUUAUGGCGAACGGUCAACGUACGAGAAGAACACGAACAAUACCUAAGUCCGGGUGUAGAACUCCGGUACCGUAUCAGUCGCAACUUCUUGUUCAACACCGGCAAUGUUGGAAUUCAGUUCCAAAACUCCGGAUACGGAGAGUUCACCGUAUGCGGGACGAUGGACUCUUCUUUCGCGGGUCUGGCCUGCCAGACCACUACUCCGGAGAACGACAACGUGUGGUUCAACUUCACCGGGUUGUGCUCCGGUGAACCGGGCAUCGAGUGCCGAUCGAUAUACUUCCUGGUGCAGAUGGAGACUUCGAAUAUGAAGUGUACGGAGAACGAUUGUCGCUACCCGGACCAGGUUCGGUUCGUUAUCAAACACGAGGGUUUGCGGUGUCCCUCGGAUGGAAGCGGAGCGCGGAGUUUAGUGAUUGGUUGGAUCCUUCCGGUGUUUGCAAUGUUUUUGACGAUCAGAAUGUUACGUUUUAUUUAGUGCGAAAAUAGUUCAAGCGUAUACCUAGUUGUUACAAAGUGCAAUAUCCUAUAAUAUAGUAUUUAAAUGAAUUAACUCAUUAAUAAUAAUAAUUAGUUUAUGAUAACAUUCCUAAACACAUUGAUAA